AUGGUGAAUAAAAAAGGAAGGCAGCCUUGCCACCCGACAUCGUUGUCUAUCUUUACUUCCAGCCAGCCCAGCCCAUAA